GUGGCAGAUGACCGCGACUUGUAAGACAUAUUGCCGUUAGUAAUCUAUCCCAGUGUUAGCCUAGAUUGUAAGUGUAGAUUGUUUUCCGACUGUGGAAUAAAAACCAAUCCACCGAAAUGUCGUGGUUGUUCGGUUACAAAAGUAAAGUUCCCCCGCAAGGUGCCGACGGUGCCCCCGAGCCGCCGGGGCCUCCACCGUCGGCCGCCGGUGCCGGCCAGGCAGCUGGGGACGUAAACCUCACCAAGGCAGAACGGAAAGCCAUGGAAGCGUACCGUUUCGAUUCGUCGGCCCUCGAAAGGGCGGCCGAAGCUGCCCGCACGCUGGAACGCUCUAAGCAUGCCCGGGAAGCGCUGGAAUUGUCCAAGAUGCAGGAAAACACCCGCCAGCAGGAGUACCUGGUGAAGGUGAAAGAGUACGAGGCGCACAUCGAAACGUCGAAGGUGGAGCAGAAGCGCGUGGACCAUGAGGAGCGCCGGAAAACGCUGGCCGAGGAAACGAAGCAGCAGCAGCAGCGCGCCCAGUACCAGGACCAGCUGGCCAGGAAGCGCUACGAAGAGCAGCUUGCCCAGCAGCAGCGCGUACAGGAGGAAAACCUUCGCAAGCAGGAGGAGAGCGUGGCGAAGCAAGAAGCAAUGCGCCGUAAAACCAUCGAGCACGAGAUGGAGCUGAGGGAAAAGAAUAAGAUGAAACUAUUGGAGGCGGAGCUGCGAGCAAAGGCAAAAGUGGACCGAGAGAAUCGCGAUCUCACGCUGGAACAGAUUCGCCUAAAGGCGGAAGAGAACCGUAUUACCGUAAUGGAGGGAAUCAAAACGGCCGGUUCCGUGCUCGGGCAGGGUGCUACCGCGCUGCUGACCGACUGGAAUAAGGUGGUUACCACGGUCGGAGGUCUGUCACUGUUGGCACUCGGAGUCUACACGGCGAAGGGUGCAACGGGUGUAACGGCUCGGUAUGUGGAGGCACGGAUAGGUAAACCGUCGCUGGUGAACGAAACGUCCCGCUUUUCGAUUCUUGAAGCGCUAAAGCAUCCGAUCGACACAGCGAAGCGUUUAAAGAACAGACCGACCGAUGCACUUCAGGGGGUGGUUCUGCAACCGAAGCUCGAAGAGCGCCUUCGAGAUAUCGCCAUUGCGACGAAAAACACAAAAAACAACAAGGGCCUCUAUCGGAACAUACUGAUGCAUGGACCACCCGGUACCGGUAAGACGAUGUUUGCCAAGCGGCUCGCCUCACACUCCGGCAUGGACUAUGCCAUCAUGACCGGUGGUGAUGUGGGUCCGAUGGGACGCGAUGCUGUGACCGCCAUCCACAAGGUGUUCGACUGGGCCAGCACUAGCCGUCGGGGGCUACUGCUGUUCAUCGACGAAGCCGACGCGUUCCUGCGCAAACGUUCGUCCGAGCAAAUCUCCGAAGACAUGCGCUCGGCACUAAAUGCGUUCCUGUAUCGCACCGGCGAACAGAAUCCCCGGUUUAUGCUGGUGUUGGCUUCGAAUACGCCGGAACAGUUCGAUUAUGCCAUCAACGAUCGGUUGGAUGAGAUGGUGGAGUUUACCCUGCCGGGAUUGGAGGAACGGGAACGGUUGGUGCGCUUGUAUUUCGACAAGUUUGUCCUGGAACCGGCUGCCGAGGGUAAAAAACGCUUCAAGGUGGAACAGUGGGACUACAGUUCCGUCUGCAGCAAAAUGGCCAAAAUGUGCGAAGGUAUGUCUGGGCGUGAAAUAUCGAAGCUCGGUGUAUCCUGGCAAGCGGCCUGCUACGCCUCGGAGGAGGGUGUUUUGACGGAAAAGAUGGUGCUCGACCGGUGCGAAGCCGCCGCGAGGCAGCACCGGCAAAAGAUGGCUUGGCUGUCGGAGCAGGAAAAGCUGGAUCACAAAUCCAUCACCGGAGGCAAGGGCUUUCUGCCUCAGUAGAGUGGUAACUAACCGACAGGUGGCUGUCUCAUUCCCUACGUGCGCACCGGAGGAAGCGGCAGUCUGGUUAGUGCUUCCGUUUUUCGGUUCUUCGCGACCCCGGAGAUUUAUGUGAGCAAUAUCCUCCUACCUUAGUUAGAUGAAAUUAUCAUACCAGGGAUACUACAUCGACUGCGCAUCCAUGCAAUCGUUAGUUGUUUGCAAGCAAAUCGGACCCGUCCCUGAUGAUAGUGUACAGCACAGAACAAUGAAGGCCAUCAUCAAAACUCCAGUGUCCCGAGGAACCCCAUCAUAAGCUUGGCGGAACGGGAAACGUCGUCGUUCGAUUAUAGGAAAUUUAUAUUAAACUUCCUUGAAACGGAACCUCCCAUGCACACGAUGGUCGUUGGGAAACGCAUUUAAAAUCAUGAUGGACUAGUUUGCUCCCCAUUAUUGUCCAGUUAGCUUGGGAAUAGUGUGCGACUACGAUCAGUGUUACUAAUGCGACCCACAUGUGUUCAGAAUCGAUAGCUUUUAGAUGAACCUGCCCAUUACUUCUCCCUGUUUCUCGGCAAUGCAUGCCCCUAGAGUUACGAAGUGCCGUAAAAUUGCGGAUGUUAACUGUUACGGAGCCUUUUUUGUUUUCUCUUUGUUCUUAUGUUUUCUUUACAUAUUUUUAGAUUGUAUAAAUACAAAAUAAUGUUAAAGUGGGACAUUAAA